ACCGACGUGAAGAUUCGGGUCAACCUGCCCACGAGCUGCCAAUGGCGCGCGGGCGAGGAGCCGGCGGCGCCCCGUGGCGGUCGGGCGAGGCUGGACGUUCCAGCACGCGGUCAGAAGUCGCCGGCGCGCCGCUGAGCCGGGGAGCUGUAGCUUUAAGGCAGUCACCUGACGACAGAGAAGGACCCGAUGGGGGAAGCAGGAAGUUCGUCUACCAAGAAAGAGAGCCCGAGCACAUAAACAGUACCGAAAGAAGGGAACAAAAGUCGAAGAGAAAGUUUCACCCACUUAUCGCCAUGGCCGGCAUCAAAGCACUGGUUGGUUUAUCCUUUAGUGGUGCCAUUGGACUGACGUUUCUUCUGCUGGGCUGCGCGCUGGAACAGUAUGGGGUGUACUGGCCGCUGUUUGUACUGAUUUUCUACAUAUUAAGCCCCAUCCCGACAUUCAUAUCCAGACGCCUCAGUGAUGACACUGACUCCUCCAGCAAUGCAUGCAGAGAGCUGGCCUACUUCUUAACGACUGGCAUCGUCGUAUCCUCCUUUGGGCUCCCUAUUGUCCUAGCCCGCAAUAACACAAUCCAGUGGGGUGCCUGUGGCCUGGUGAUGACAGGAAACGCUGUCAUCUUCCUCACCAUCCUUGGCUUUUUUGUUGUGUUUGGAGGUGGGGAUGACUUCAGCUGGGAGCAGUGGUAGAGUCCUCCAGAGUGACAGUGGACAGACAGAAGGAUGGAUGGAUAGAUAGGUGGGUAGGUGGAUAGUUGAAUGGAUAAACUGCAGAUUGAGGGGCACACGUGUCCUGCACCCCAUGGGGAUGAUGAUCAGGCUGCAAAUGUCAAAUUUACUGGACAUGUUAUCAGGCCGAAGUUUAUAUUUAGGGGGUAUUAGAGACAACACUAUGUACCCUAUAAAUGUGCCUUAUGUCUGGAACCAGGGAAACACUGAUGCCUAUACCCUGCUUACGCUUUAACACCAUCAAUAUCCACCUUAAUCUGUGUAUUUUAGCUUGUCUCGCUUUAUUUCAACUCCCAAAUGCUUCAGUUAAUCGAUAUCAUAAAGGGAUCCUAAAGGGUAACUCUGUUUUAAUGCACACCACAAUGCUCACUUCAUUAUCUGUCCUCAUUGUUCAGGGGGAAGUGACUAUACUGAAUUAUGGCUUGCUUAUUAUGAGCACUAUUUGCUGUUUAAAGUGUAAAGGCAGGGCAAGUUAUCUUAAUCCAUGCUAUCUGACAAGUAGUUGUAGGACUUCUAAUCAGGUAAAAAGUAUAUUUGUAUGGAAAUGUUGUGUGUUUUUGUUUUCAAGGCUUUAAAGCCUUACUUUUUGUUUUGGUGCAAUUGUUUACAUUCUCACCAAAGAUCAUUUUAGACUGCAAAAAUUGAGCAUAUUCACCACUGACCUGUAGGUUUUGAUCUGUACUAUGCAGCAACAUGAUCCUCAAAAGCUAACAGAGGCAUUUGAGAAAGCACUGUGUAUCAUACAUCUAAACAUUUAUGUUCAAUUGUUGUGUGACCCAUACCCACAUUCAUUUUAUGUUCCUGCAGAUGGCAAAGAAAAUCAUCAUAAUGUCAAAAGAUCAAGUUAACAGUAUGUGAAUUAUUUUUUUAUAUGUUAUAUGGUAAAUACUGUACAUCUAUGUUUUAGGCCAAGUGUACUUUGUCCUAAUGGAGAAGGGGUGUAGCCUGCAAACUCAGUCAUGAGUGCCUGUGCAGAUUGUUAAUGGAAAAAUGACUGUGUUUGAGAUUCGAGUCAGUUUUGUGUUUUAUCAUCAGGGGCCACUGAAAUCUGUAUCUGUAAAUCAAUAUUACAUCCUCAUGUUCUGUUUCAUCAUUGUCAGUAACUGCCCUUUAAGGAGGUUCUGAUUUUUGUAUUAUUAGCCCCACUUCAGAGACUAUCAGCGAUAUUUGUUGAAAAUUCUGUUUCAAUGUCCUUUUUAAUUUCUGCUUGACUUAAUAUCUGAUAUGCAAGUGCUUCACAAGGAAAAUAUUAUGCUCCAUGUCUCACAACCAACACGUUCAACAGGAAGAAAUUUUGUUCUGUUGUGCCUCCCAUACCCCACACAUUGAAAACGCUAACAAGUGCUGAAGAGCUCUGAAAGGUUAUUUUAUAAGUUCCUGACUGCAUUUUGUUUUCUAACAUUGAUUAAAAGUCUCUG